AUGAGACACAUAGCAGAUUUCCUAGGCGCUCCACAGUCCUCUGUUCGACGCAGACCAAACCAGGUUAUAAUCCAGGAAGAAGAACCAACUAUAAAUCAGGUUCAACCACCAAGACAAGCGCCUGACGAAAGGAUCAUGAGGGCAAGAUUAGAACAACAGCCAGUUCGACGGGAAGUCCCUGAAGAACAACCUAGGAGAGUAAUAAUGGUUAAUAGAGACCAGGAUGCAGACGAAGUAAUUCAUAGGGUUAGGCGAGAAAACAUGAUGGAAAAUGACUUAACUAUUAUGAUAGAGAAAAUCAUGGCCCAUAAUGGUCUGAAUACAAGACUUCGACGGCCAAAUUAUUCCUCUCCUUUAUCAGAAUAUGUCCUACAAACUGAAUUACCAAGGGGUUGUAAAAUCCCUAAGUUCACCAAAUUCUCAGGGGACACUAGUGAAUCCACUAUAGAACACAUAGCCAGAUACAUGACUGAGGCAGGGGAUUUGGCGAACAGUGAGAACCUAAGAAUGAAAUAUUUUCCCAGUUCUUUAACGAAGAAUUCCUUCACGUGGUUUACAACUUUGCCACCAGAUUCCAUAGAUACUUGGCCUCCUUUGGAAAGAUUGUUUCAUGAAUAA